AAUGAUUUAAUAACAAAUAUCUUAUAAUAGACAAGCAGAUUUUUUUUUUGAACUCAUAAAUAACUAAUUAUGGGUACAUGAUUUAAAGGACGCUGUGGAGUAUCAAAGUUCAGAGGAGAUAACUAUUUAUCUAACUUAUGAAUUUCGGAGAGGUAGAUUUUAUUCUAAAUACAGGGAUCUACGCUUUUGGUUUUAAUGAACCGUCAGCAACAAAGAGAUAUUUUACAAAUAAUAACAAGAAGAGAUGUUAUUGUAUAAAGCUAAAGGGGUACAGGAGCAUUUAGUUUACCAGAUUAUUCCAUUUUGAAUUAUAUAAGUAGAAGAUUUCUAUUAUUCUAAUUAGGGAAUCCUAAGUGUUAAUCUUAUGGAAUACAAGAGAGUUUGCAGAAUAACUUUCAAAGGUAGCUUAGGCUUUUGGGGACUUUCUAAAUGUUUCCAGUAAUAAUAUAAGGUGAAAUCUUACAUGUAUUUUGGCCAUUCAAUUUAUGAUGAUAUUAGCAAAUUGUAGCAUGAAAUUUAAAUAGUAUCAGACACUUCUUGUAGAGUGUUUGAUAUGAAUUAGAAAAAGGAAUACGUGUUGGUCAUUUAAAAACGCUAAUUCUUGAUGAAGAUGAUGAACGAUUAAAUAAAGAAUUCAAAUCAUAAUUUACUACCGAAAACUUAAAAUAUAGUAGUAUCAACAAAUUUGUCUUAAGAAAUACUUGAUAGGAUUGAUAAAUUCAUAAAUAAUCCACUUAAGAUAAUAGUGAAAAGUGAUAAACUAACAUUAGAAGAAAUUACAUAAGUUGAUACAGAAGAAUGGAAGUUUUAAACUUUAUGUGAUUUAUAUGACAUUCUUAAGGAGUUAUCUUCUGUUCCACUAAGAAUAAGUAAUAAGAUGAGUAAAAAUUAAUGGAAAUAUGACUGGAAAUGA